AUGAGAAAAGAGCUGAUUCAAUGUGCCUUGAAGCAGCUUCCUGUUAUCUCUGGAGUGUUUUGUGGAAACGGGAGUUCAGGGAUCCUCUGUGAGGCCAACGAGACGCUCCUCAGUGUGGCUUAUUACGCUACUUUUGGCCUCCUGCUUGCUGUGUUUGUGGUUUGCGGCCUGGCUCUGCUGGGCCUUCUUACAUUCGUCUCCUGGAAGCUGUGCUGGGUGCCUUGGCGGACUAAGGCCCAUUUCCCCGGUCCAUCCCUCGGCCCUGCCUGUGGCCCAGAGCACCACCAGCUCCAGCCGCCUCCCCUGCUGCCCAGCUCCCAGCAGCCGCCGGUCACCAUGGCGACAGAGAAGGUGAAGGACCCCGUGGGCUCAAUGGGUUUCCUGGAGGCAGCGGUGAAGAUAAGCCAUACAUCUCCUGACAUCCCCACCGAUGUGCAGCUCUCCAUGAGGGAGCACUUCCUGCGCCGCACGCAACGCAUGCAGAGACAAACCACUGAGCCGGCUUCCUCCACUCGGCACAAUUCUUUCAAAAGACACCUGCCCAGGCAGAUGCAGGUAGGCAGUCUAGACCUGGGAAAUGACUACAUGGUGGACAAAGAGGAAAAACCCACCAGCAUCGGUCGCAUCCAGCCAGAGCUGUACCAACAGAAGGCCCUGGAAUCAGAGGAUUCAUCCAAGAACGGCAGCAGCAAAAACUGUGGCAGGAUCAACUUCUCUCUCAAAUACGACUACGAAAACGAGGCCCUCUUAGUCAACAUCCUCAAAGCGGAGGACCUGCCCGCCAAGGACUUAUGCGGCACAUCCGACCCUUACGUGAAGGUCUACCUGCUGCCGGACCGCAAGAAGUUCCAGACCCGCGUCCACCGGAAAACUCUCAACCCCACGUUCAACGAGAGUUUCCAGUUCCCUGUGCCUUACGAUGAGCUGGCGGUCAGGAAGCUCCACAUGAGCGUCUUUGACUUUGACCGGUUUUCACGGCAUGAUAUGAUCGGGGAGGUGGUGCUGGAGAACCUGUUCGAGACGUCGGACCUCUCCAGGGAGACAAACAUAUGGAGGGACAUCGACUAUGCCACCAGUGAAAGUGUUGACCUUGGAGAGAUCAUGUUCUCACUAUGUUACCUGCCCACCGCAGGCAGACUCACACUUACUGUCAUCAAGUGCAGGAACCUCAAGGCCAUGGACAUCACUGGAUACUCAGAUCCCUACGUCAAAGUGUCGCUCAUAUGUGACGGGAGACGUUUGAAAAAGAAGAAGACUAGCAUAAAGAAGAACACUCUGAAUCCCACCUACAACGAGGCCAUCAUCUUCGACAUUCCACCGGACAGUAUGGACCACGUCAGCCUGCACAUCUCCGUCAUGGAUUACGAUUUGGUAGGUCAUAACGAGAUUAUCGGUGUGAUGCGGGUUGGAUGCAGUGCGGAGGGACUUGGCAGGGACCACUGGAACGAAAUGCUGGCUUAUCCACGCAAGCCCAUUGCACACUGGCACCCCCUGCUGGAGUCCAAGAAGUCUGAGAAGGAGUGGAAGGCGAGGACAGCCAGCUUUGACAGCCAAGGCUCCUGCCCCUCACCAAGGCCCCCUGCCAGUCCCUGAGCAGAGCCACCUGUGACCCAGCAGCCCAGAAGGGGGUUUCCUCCCUCCUGUUGAUCCACUUCCUGUCUGUCUGAUUGAGGAGAAACACAACCCCACUGCCUCCCACCCCCCCUCCCUCUCUCUCUCUCUCUCUCUCUCUCUCUCACCCUCCCUCUCUCUCUGUUCCCCCUUCCUCCUCAAGUCUAGUCCCAGAGCCCUCCCAAGAACUGAUCUAGGACCACCAUCAGUCAGUUAGUCGUGUCAAGCGCACUGUCUUUUCAGAUUAAAGUUUUAGGGUCUCUGAUUUGAAAUGUGGGUGUUGUGAUGAACCAGAGUUGCCCUCAGAGGAGACUGGCUGGAUAUCCAGUCUGCAGACAUUUAACAUUGAGCUGUCCAGGGCCGAGGCCAAUGAAUCUCUGUGUCCUCGCGGGAGACUUUCCAAACAGCUGAAGAUUCAGCUCUGCGCUGAAUCAGAGACUCUUUGAUGGAGAAACUCAGUCGGAUUUCGCUCCCUGAGAGCGGCAGAAGUUUCACAGAGGGAAGCUGAGGACACGUUUGGGGUUGAAAAAGGAGACGAUCUAAAACAGGAUUUGAGGCUAUUUCAAAGCUCUGCAGCUCUCUCAUGUUGAAUUUUACAGUGCUGUAUUACCAUAAAACAAUACUGAACAGUAGCACUUUGGAACUGUUAGAUGUUAAAACCCGCUCCAUCAGGCAUUGUUUAUGAAUAGCAACACUGAAAAAAUCACUUCAAAGCUCCAGCUGAGUUCAAGUUUCACCAAUAACGCAAGCAAUUAUCUGAUAUCCAUCUUCCUGAGGAGAGGCUGAAACUAAAAUACUGUCAACUUGAGAAUUUGAGGCUAUAGUGCGGUUUUCACAAGUAGCCGUGACAACAGUUUUAUCUAAUGAAGAGGGGAAAAAAGCAGGUUAGCAGGGUUAGUGUUCACACAAAAGCAAACUGGCUGCAGUGUUGCUGCUGAUUUCAGUUCUUUUUUGUGUCAAGAGUUACAUGCUUAAAUAAUUUGAUAAAGGCACAAAUAGCUUAUACUAUAACUAAAAACCAACCUAGAAAGAAAAAGGUUUCAAAGAGCUUGUUUCUACAGAAAAAAAGCCUUUCGUCAAUGGAGCUGCGGAGAUGACUGUAAACAGGGAAAAAUUGUGAGCACACUUUACACACCUGUACCUCCUCUGUUUGAUGUUUGCUUUUGAGCAAAUCUCAACCUCUUCUUCCAAGUGAAAACUCAAACACAGACGCUCAUGUUUUCCUCCAGACGGCACUUCUUUGUCUUUUUCUGAACAGGUUUUGGUGGAUGUGUAUUGUUUCAUGUUCAGCCGUCUUACAGCCGGUUACUGUAUGUAUGUUUUUGCUUUUCCAAACAGAAAACCAGAAAAGAAAUGAUGAUAGGUAUAAAUUAAAAAAAAAACAACAAAAAAAACAACAAAAAACAACAAAAAACUGAAAAAGAAAAAUACUGAAAUUUUGAAUAUAUGUAGCUUUGUUGGUGGUGAUGACUGAGAAGAAGCUAAACUCAGAAACUUAGAAAACAUGCAACUUUCUUGAUGUUUAUCCUGUCAUUAAUCUUACUGUUGUACAGGGAUAGCGUGUACGUGAAUUUGCCAUCCAGAUGCUCGAUCUGCAACAUGUGGUAAAAGGAUUAUUUUCGAAGAUAUCUGAUAUGAUGAGAACAAGACUGUAGUACUGCUGUUACAUUAGUUUUCUUUGCAUCAGUAUGAUUCCUUUAAAAAGGAUCCCCUUACAUUAUUUGCUCUAUUUACGAUAACUUAAAUUUUUGUUAAAAAGAUGCAAAGAUUUUAAGUUCUAAUCAUUUUGCUUCUGUUUACGUUGUUUUCGUCCUGUUAAACCUCCAGUUGUUUUGCUGUAACAUACGGGUUUCCAAGCAACACAUUACUGAGAGCUAAUAUGGAGAUGAUAAUGAAAAUUUUACAAAUCACAAAAGCAACACGUGGAGAAUUUUUAAUAUGCCAUGAGGGAAAAGAAAUUAUUAUCAUCUAGUGCUCUGGUCAGAUCCCUGGAUUUUAAUAAGAUGGUGGAUAGUUUUGAUCAGAAAUAUGUUGAUUAAAAUACACCUAUCUUUUUCAGCUAAGACAGCCCACAUUGUUACUGUGUUAAUGAAUAUUUCGACCAUUUGUCAGGCUUUGUCAUCGAAGCUUAGGUGAUCAGUUUGACAUGCGUUUAAAUUGUCAAUGUGGGACUCUGUGACAGCUAAUACAGGAGAAUUGGCGGAUGAAUGUCCUUUGAAUGGAAAACAUAUCACAUUGUUACGCUUAUAAUUUGUCAGAGACAAACAAUACGAACUAUGAAUUGCUUGUAUACGCUGCAUCUAUCAUGCAGUUUUGCACUAAUGCUAACACAUCUGGCAUAUAUCUAGUGUGUAGUAUACGUUGUUGAUAAACAGAAGGAUUUUCAUACACGCCAACGUUGCUAUCACUAUCUCACCACUAUUAUAUCACUAUUAUGUUACUCGAUAUCACGAGGGAGGUUCUGUGCUUUUACCCUGUGCCGGGUAGGAAUUUCGUUAGUGCUAAUUAAUUUUUUUAAAGCUAACAUAACUUAGCAAGAGCUAGCCUCAUGUACUGAGUGGCCUUUGUGUCAAUUCCACUGGUUUCCAUCAGCACAGAUUUUCACCAAAUUUCUCAAAACAAUAUGCAAAUUGAGCUACGUUUCCAUCCAUGUAGCUAACAGAUCUAUCAACAUGUGGUGUGUGGUAAAAAAAAGAAAUUGGAAUUGGUUUGCAAAUGUGGGUAUGAAUGCCACAUACAAAGUCACCUGCUCAAUAUCAUUUGAGUGGUUUCCCGCAAGUUGCUGUAUUUUUAAAUAUUGAAAUUGUCCAUAUGCUAUCAUCACAAUGUGACAAAGAGUUUUCUACCCCCCUGCCGCAUCCUCCCUUGUGUAUAACAGGAAACCCGUCAACAGCUUUAAAUCUAAAUAUUAUGUGAUUUAGGUUCCAUAUAUCUUUGAUUAACAUUAUUUUCUUCCAGUUUCCAUUUUACCCUCCACCCUCCUUCUUUUUGCUGUAAUUGGCGAACACAGAUAGAAUCAGUACAUUCAGGCCAGGAAAUGUUAAGCUACAGAAUCAAUAAGAUAUCAGGCAAGAAAACUGCCAGGAAACAUUCACAGAUUAUAUUGGGUCGGACUUGUACAGAUAAUUUCUUUUUGAUAUGAGGACCAUUUACUGAAUAGCAUUCGGUUUUGUAUUAUCUCGGGCAGCAGCCCACAGCAACUUUAAUCUGAUAUGUGACAAUGUUUUUGGCCGCAGCUCAGACUUGUCUAGACUGCUGGUGCCUCGUCCAGCAGCAGAGGACAAGUGAUACAACAGCUCAAACUGUCCUCAGUCGCAGAAUGCAGCGCAAUGUGCGAGCUAUAUAUCACAAGAGUUCGUGAAAAUGUCACUGGCCAGACAUGGAGACGUGAGCAGAUGCAUUCAGCAGACCCCCGUUCGGAUCUGUUUUAGCCAUUUCCUUCGUGGGUUAGUUUACCCAGGGCGAGCUGUUUAGUGUCUCGGUGUGGGCGGGAGGCUGAGACGACAGCGCGGGGGCAACUGAUGGGUGGACGGGUCAGCAUCUACAGAGCACUGGCAUUUCCCUAAUUGGCACUUGUUAUAGCGAGAAUGAGUCAGUGCAUUAUUGUUUGUGCUUGACGUAAUCCAUCAUCGCAUCAGCACCCCUCCACAGAUGUGUUUGCUCAUUCACACUGUUGUUUUGAUGGUGAAAUUCCUCUCUACAUUAAUGGCAUUAUUCAUAUAUUUCUAAUACCUUAUUUAAAUGUAAAAUUUGAAACAAGUGGUUGAGUACUAACAUAGUUUCUGUUUCACCUUCAGUUUUUUUUCACAUGUGCUUUACGAUGAUCAUGUGGUGUGUUUUCAUGGUAGAACAAACCUGUUAAAUCAGUUGACUCAGUUUAUGGACUGUUUCAAGACCUUCUAGCUUUGCCUAAUAUUGUAACGUUUCUUGAUAUGAUCUUGUAUCCCUUCCAAUUGUUAUGAUAGAACUGAAUUUCCAAUUUUUUAUUGAACAUUUUGUAUUUGUAAUAAUAGAAAUGUUUGAGAAAAUGUUCUGGUGACUGACAUCAACAGUUGUUAGUUCAGACAAGAGUCUAUUAUGAGUUCAUUUUAGAUUCUAGAUCAUUAUCAAGACUCACAAUAUGAGUGACCCAGUGUUUAAUAAAGUAAAACUGAAAUAGCAUACAGUAUUUCUGCCACAAAUUGUCAUUCUUUUGUUUCAACAAGUCUGAAAAUCAAACAGCAGAGAAGAGGUUGUUGUUUUUUGUUUUUUUUCUCCCAUGGGGUGUGAUGUGUUAUCGGUUCUGUGACCUGAUUUUUCUUUGCUUUGAUUAAAAGACUUAUGCAAAAA